AUGUGGAAAUCAAUUUUACAACCUCUUCACCCUUUACGUCUACCGCCACCGGACUCUUUCCACAACCAAACCAUCCUGAUUACAGGCGCAAACACCGGAGUUGGUCGAGAAGCAGCUCGCCAUGCAUUGUCCCUUGGAGCAUCAAAAAUCAUCAUGGGUGUCCGAUCAGUGGAGAAGGGUGAACGGGCUCGAGCAGAUAUUCUCUCCACAGUACCUACCGCGACAGAGCCCAGUCUCGAGGUCUGGCAUCUCGAUCUGUCAAGCUUCCAGAAUGUAAUGGCGUUUGUCCGCCGAAUGAGAGAUUAUGUCGAGAAGCCAGGCAACAGGCUUGAUACAGCAAUUAUGAAUGCGGGUUUGGCCUCUGGAGAAUGGAAUAAGUCUCCGGACGGGUGGGAGAUGCAUGUCCAGGUGAAUGGGCUUUCCACGGCCUUGCUUAGUCUGGAAUUGCUACCUCUUUUGAUAUCUUCUUCUUCCCAUGGCACUUCAGAUCAUGCAAAGAAAAACACAAGAGGACAGCAAACCUCACCAUCAAGACCACAUCUGGUCAUCGUCAGUAGCGAUGUUCACCAAGGAGUUAUAUUCCCGCAACGCACUAAAACAAAUAUUCUUGCGGCAUUGAAUGAUAGGAACCAGUGGGAAGAGUUGCAGGCAAAAAACGUGGUUGAGCGGUACGGAGUGAGCAAGUUAUUCAACCAGUGGACAAACAUUGAGAUCGCGAAGCUGGUGCCCAUUGACUCGCAGACUGGUCUGGAGAAGGUGAUAGUCACAAGUGCGACACCGGGAUUCACUCAGAGUGAGCUUUUAACGCGCGAGAGACCCCCUUUUAUGCUGAAGCUCAUACAAACACUGUUUGCGCGUACACCGCCGCAUGGGGCCAUGGCGAUUAUCGAUGCUGCAGUCAGAGAGGAUGGACAUGGGAAAUGGCUUGAAAACCUCAAGGUGACUGACCCAGGUUAUAUUGUGAGCUCGUCGGAAGGACAGAAGAUACGUGAACAAGCUUGGAAAGAGAUUCUGGAUGUGCUGAAGCGAGUUGAUCCAGACUUGAAGCUGAGUUAUACUUGA